AUGGCAACCCACGCUCGGCUUCUUCCACGCCCCUCUCCCGGUGCCUCCGCCGUUCCCACUCGUCCCCACGCCACCACUUUCGUCCCACGGCCCUCUGUCACGCCCAUCACCGCCGCUGCCACCGCCGCUGCUGUCGCACCAUCGAUGCAGACCACGACCACCUCUACUACAGCACCACCCAGCGAGGGCACAGAGGUGCUGAGCUCCUUCCUAUGGUUCCACCAGGACCGCUACUGGAACGAGGCGGCCCACCUGCUCCCGCAAGUGCUCCGAUUACCGGCCAAGCCGCCGACCACCGUCACGAACGAAACAGAGCAACAAGAGGACGACGCCGGCCGCAACCACAACGCCAACACCAACGACGAUACGCAGGACGCGCACCCUCGCAUCUCGUCGUGCAACCCCGCCGGGCCCCUCCUCCAUCCCGUCGUCGCCCAUCUCCGCUUCUUCUCCCGCGUCCUCGCCUCUUCUUCCUUCUUCGCCAGCACAGGCGACAUUGUCGCCUUCAUCUCCGUCUUCGCUCAGCUAUUCCGCGAGCUCUCUGCCCCCCUCGAGCGUGCCUCUCGCUCGGCAUCCCGUCAUGUCCAUAGCGGCGUUACUCAAUUAAUAAUCAUUAUCAUUUUCAUUAUUUAUUAA